UAGCAUAGCAUACCUACUUAGCAAUCACGCUGCCUUAAACUGAUGGUUAUCCUCUGAUUUUCUCUUCAGGACUUCAGGCUGAAGGAACACACACCUCAACAGAGUCUGUCAGGUUGGUGGGAGGAGACCGUCGCUGUGCAGGAACACUGGAGAUGAAACAUCUGGGAGAAUGGAGACCAGUGAAAGGCAAGUACUUUGAUCAGGACUCAGCUCUGGAGGCAACAGCUCCUGUCUGUAGAGAACUGGACUGUGGUCCUCCAGUUUCUGUAAGACGGGGAGAGGAGUCCUCAAAAAGACCUGUGUGGAUCAUCAGCUCUGACUGUGUUAAGUCUGGAUCUGCUCUGAAGGACUGUGCAACAUCAGAUUCCUCUGACUACGUCCUGAAUCUCACCUGUCUAGACUCUGUCAGGCUGCUUAAUGGGACCAGUCUGUGCUCAGGCAGACUGGAGGUGAGGUCUGACCAGACUAACCAGAGGUGGUCCUCAGUGUGUGAAGCUGGCUUUGACCUGCAGGAUGCAGAGGUGGUCUGCAGGGAGCUCGGCUGUGGGGCUCCUUCGGUCCUCCAGGGGGCGCUCUAUGGAGAAGUGGAGGCUCCAAAGUGGACCAAAGAGUUCCAGUGUGAAGGCCACGAGUCUGCUCUGCUGGACUGUAGAAGCUCAGAGAGAAACACCUGCUCAGGUGGCAGAGAUGCUGGACUCACCUGCUCAGAGCCGGUCAGGUUGGUGGGAGGAGACAGUCGCUGUGCAGGAACACUGGAGGUGAAACAUCUGGGAAAAUGGAGACCAGUGAGUGACAUUCGAUGGUCAUUGACCCUGAUAGAUGCAGCAGUUAUGUGCAGAGAACUCGACUGUGGCUCUGCUGUGUCUGUGGGACGGGUAAAUCAGGUGCCCACAUACAGACCUAUGUGGGAAAUCAGUUCUCACUGUCUUCAGUCUGGAUUCUCUCUGAGGGAGUGUGCUGCACCAUUUUCCAGUUCCUACAAGACAGAUGUCACCUGCUCAGGAUUGGCACUUUCCAUUAACUGAGGUGGCUAAUGUUUCCAUGGCAGCUAGUAAUGACAGAGUGGCUGAGAAUAAUAUCAGCUACAAUGACCCCCGCUGUCACCUCACCGUCCGCUGGAGCCGCUGGAGGGACAACAGAAUACAUUUAACGGGAACUGGCCCCAAACAAUCACUCGGCUCCUCUCUCCCUCUUCCAUAGUCCUGCACUGGUUUUCACUUUGUCAUUGUAGACAAGCAGAGGUGGAACAAGUCCUCCGAUAUCUCACUUAAAGCUCUCAUAUUAUGGUCACAUUCAAGUUCAGACUUGU